CCGUCCCCAUCUUUCGGCCUUCAUUCAUGUGAUUGGACUUCGUCGAAUCCGGCUGCAAAUGCCACGUAUACUUAAACUGGUUUAUAUGUCCCAGUGCCUCACGGGCGGGUUAAUGCUCCCGUUGCACCGAGUCGGUAAGCAGCCUGCAGUCGUGGAUGCCGUACCGUGGAGGCAUUUAUUCAUGUUAUUUACGUCAUUCUUCCUCUAAAAUCGCAGCUGUAUCUUGCGUCCCCAUCGGCGAGAUACCGUUCGACCUGCUGAGGCUACAUCUACACUACGCCGGAUAAAUCCGUAACUGAAGCUUUUUCUCUUCGUUUUUACCCUCUGUCCACACUAAAACGGUGUUUUCUUCCCCCGGAACCGGAGCUUUUCAGAAACACUUUUCAGGGGAGAGCAAAGAUAUUGUGGUCAGUGAAUGAACAUUCCAGUGACAAUGGCAGAACAGCCUCCACUAGAAACAGCAGUAAUAAAUGAAGUUCCAUUUCUGCCUCAUAUGGUCAACGGGGAUAGUGGACAACAGGUAAUAUUGGUCCAAGUUAAUCCAGGUGAGGCAUUCACAAUCAGAACAGAUGAUGGUCACAUUCAGUGUAUUCCAGGUCCUGCUCAUGUUCCCAUGAUGUCACCAAAUGGCUCCAUGCCUCCAAUUUAUGUGCCCCCUGGUUAUGUUUCACAGGUCAUAGAAGAAAGUGGUGUUCGAAGGGUUAUUGUGUUGCCGCAUUCAGCAGAGUUCCAUCCCAGUAACCAUCCUAGUAUGCAUACCUCGCCAUCUCAUAUGCCGCAAUACAUGCACCAUCACCCUGCUUUGAUACCCCAUCCUCAAGUUUACGCGGGAGUAACGGGAAUGGGGGAUAUUCCGCCGUUCAUUCCUCAGCAAAGUCCACCAUCCCAUGUUUUUGCAGAUCAAGAAUCCUGCACACAACUUGGAAGGUCAAACUUCAAUCAGAGAGAUGAAAGGACUGCUAAAGCACAUGAACGUUUGCAAAAAAGACUUAAGGAAAGACAAAUAGGGGGACAGAAAGACAAAUCUAGCAGCCCCCCAUCAUCUCCACAUAAAAAUCAUCCAAAUUCAUCCACAGUUGCACAAAAUGGACAUGGAAAGGGACAAUCAACACGUGGUGUCAGAGGCAUUGCAACAGAGCCUCUUAAAACAAAUCCUGAAACAGCAGGAAGCAGCCCACAAGACAGUGAAGAAGCUGGAGAUUUGGAUUUGGAAUCAAAGUUUAUACAAGAUCUUCUUUCCAAUAUUGUUAGCCCUGUGGUAUCUGAAAUUAAAGGGAAAUCAGUUGUCUUGUCUUGGACUCCACCCUCCAGUUCAGUGGAUUUGGAUGAUAAUGUUGAUCAGUUACAAGUAGAUUGCACAUAUGAAGUUUCAAUAUCAAACACUGGCACAAGUGAGAAAUUCAAAGUGAUUUAUAUUGGUGAAGAAACAACAGUCACAAUAUCUGAACUGCGACCUGCCACAGAAUAUCAUGUUAGAGUUUCAGCAAUGUGUAACUCAGUAAAAGGAUCUGCUUCAGAACCGACAAGCUUUACCACUGCAAUUAUUGAACCUGAUUGUCCAGCUCCACCAAAACUAACUAGUAGAACAAAAAAUAGUCUGAGCUUGCAAUGGAAGGCGCCCAAUGAUGGAGGUUCUAAAAUCUCCAAUUACUUAUUGGAAUGGGAUGAGGGAAUGCAUAACUUUUUUAAGGACUGUUACCAUGGACCUCAGAAGCUGUACAAGCUGACUAAAUUGUCAUCAUCUGUGGGAUAUACUUUCAGACUUGCUGCUAAAAAUGCUAUUGGAUUAAGUGAAUUCAGUGAAACAGUACGAUAUUACACAGUGGGAAGUGUUCCUGCUGCCCCAGCAUCUCCUCGGCUCAUUCACGCAGGUGUCACUUGGAUUUCACUGGAAUGGAGUCGACCUGGUGGUGUUUCAGAUGAUGAAUCCGUUACAUAUAUCCUGGAGAUGGAAGAUGAAAGUUCAGGUUAUGGAUAUAUAGUAAAGUACAAUGGAGAUGAGCUUGCUUGCACUUUAAAAUAUCUUAAACGGAAUACCUCCUACAAUUGCAGGAUCUUUGCCUGUAAUAGUGAAGGCAAAAGUAACCCAAGUGAAGUUGUCAAAUAUUGCACGUGCCCCAGUAGACCUGGACCACCCAGUAAACCAAGUGUAAAGGGAAAAGUUCAUGCACACAGUUUCAAGGUUGUAUGGGACCCACCAAAAGAUAACGGAGGGUCAGAAAUCACUAAGUAUGUACUGGAGCUCUCUGGACUGAAUGAAAAUGAAUGGGAUAUGGUAUACAGUGGAGCAAUCAGAGAGCAUGUCUGUGACCAUCUAAAUCCAGGCGUACAAUACAAAGUAAGGGUUUACUGCAUUAAUGCUGGAGGACAAAGCCAGGCAUCUGACAUACUGACUGUGCAAUCUGCUGCAGUUCCUCCUGGACCCUGUAGCAGUGUUCAGCAGUCUGGUAAAUCUAAAGCAAAAGAAGUGUCUAUACGAUGGGUGCCACCUUCUGUUAAUGGUGGCUCUGCAGUCACAGAAUAUGCUGUGGAAAUUGGAGAGCUGGGAUCAAGUGAUCGGAGAUCUGUCUACCACGGUGCAGAACUGGAGUGUACAGUAGGUGGUCUUCUGCCAGGAAAGAUGUACAGUUUUUGGGUGAAGGCUGCAAACAGAGUUGGGUAUGGUCCAUAUUCAGAGAGGACUGAUAUCUACACAGCAACAGCCCCACCUGAUCAAUGCAGCAUACCUAUGGCUGUGUGUAAAACAGCCACCUGUGUGCAACUGAAUUGGGAGUGCCCUCCCUCCAACGGCUCUGAAGUCACAGAGUUCAGGUUAGAGUUUGGAGGUGUGGAAGACUGCAUGCAAGUUAUUUACAGUGGUCCUGCACAAAGUUAUGAAGUGAAAGGUCUUAAACCUGCUACAGCAUACUACUGCAGGGUUCAGGCUGUGAAUGCUGCAGGCGCUGGGUACUACAGUGACACCAUCAUAUGUAUGACACCUGCCUCAGUACCGGCUGCAGUGAGUGUACUGCAAGUGAUUGAUCUGGACCAGCUUGAAAUUGCCCCUCAGUCGCCAUCCACUUGCCUUGCAAUUCAGUGGGAAGAACCAUGCUGCCAUGGAUCGGAAAUCACUGGUUACAACCUAGAAUAUGGAGGUAAACAGAUCGUAGCUGUUAGCACAACCACAAGUGCCAUUAUUGAAGAUCUUCAACCAGAUACAACCUACAGGAUCCGUGUGCAGGCUAUCAAUAGUAUUGGAGCAGGCCCUUUCAGUCAUUCCAUUAAAACCAAAACAAAACCAUUACCUCCUGACCCACCUCGCCUUGAGUGUACUGUAUUCAGCCACCAGAGCCUUAAACUAAAGUGGGGAGAUGGGCUCAACAAAGCUUUGACCACUGAACCAACACAAUACACCUUGCAAAUGGAGGACAAACUUGGCAGGUUCAUUUCUAUCUAUAGUGGAGCUUGUCAUACAUAUAAAAUCCAAAGAUUGAAUGAAUCAUCAGCUUACAACUUCAAAAUUCAAGCAAUUAAUGAUGGUGGAGAAGGUCCAUUUUCUGAAGUGUACACUUUUGUCACAACCAGAUGUCCUCCUCCUGUACUUAAAGCUCCCAAGGUACAAAUAGUGGAAGACCAUACUUGUGAAGUAACAUGGGAAGCACUACAACCAAUAAAAGGGGAUACAAUUAUUUAUACUCUUCAACUUAUUACUGGGAGAGAUACUGAGCAGGUGUACAAGGGUCCCAUGUCUUCAUUUUGCCUUGCCAAUGUUCAGACAAACUGUGAAUACAAGUUCAGGGUCUGUGCUGGUCGCCAAUACCAAGAUGCCAUUGGAACACAAGAGCUAUGUGGGCCUUACAGUCCUACUGUAUCAUUCUCAUCUCAGAAAGAAGAACCAACCUCAAAUCAAUCUGAAACUACAACUGAGCUUACAAAGCUUCACAAGAAAAUGCUAAGUGAUGAACAUUUUGCUGCCCUGAUUGUUAUAGGAUUUGCAAUACUUUCCAUUUUGUUUGCUUUCAUCAUUCAGUACUUUGUAAUUAAGUAGCAAUUGAAAAAGACACAAAUGGCUGUGAUUGGCUCAUUUUAGAUCAAUGACUCCGGCUUUCUUCUCUUAGUUCAUUGUUGAAAUGAUAGAUGGGAAUGAUUUUUAGAUGGAAUACAGUAAUUACUGCUGCUCCCAGAAUCUUGAGUUUGUAUUAAUCGAACUCUUCAGUGCACACAAAACUAUAAUUCCCAUAAAGAGACCCUUCCGAAGCUUCCAAAUUCAGCGACAGUUGUCCUCUUAGCAUUUUAUUCCAUCACGCCAGUGGAGUUAAGGACAAAUGUUUUGAAUAAAGGCCUUUCUGAAGGCUGUUGUGGUAGAUACAAACAUAGCAGACAUGUAUUAAGACAAUUAAUGUUUUGUACAGUCUGAACAGAGAUGUAUUAAUUUUGACUUCAGGUGCCCCACAAACUAGUUUAGUGGCAGAUUUCAUUGCAAAGAAAUAAAGCAUAACCACUGGUUGUAAAUAAAAUGUAUAUUCAAACAAAAAUUUGGCGAAAAACUUCUGAUUACAUUUCAUUUGGGGAAAAAAAAUGGCUCCUUGAAUUGCAUGACCUCCAGAUUGAAACCCCAGAUUUAUAUUUUUUCUCUCAGUCCAUGAAGGUAAUGAGUACCACCAUGUUUCCAGCAAAGUGCAUCACUUUGUGGAAAAGCAGAAAGUUAAAAAAAUGUCUCUGAUUGUAACAAUGUAACUAUUGCUGAUCCUAAAGUUUAAACGAAUGAACUUUUAAUUUGUCUUGUUCUGUGAUAUUCCUUCCCCCCAUAACAAAAUGUACGUAAAUAUGGCGAAUUGAAAAUGGCAGAUUCCCCCUUAAGAGAGACAAGGAGAGAAGUAUGGCCUUGGGUAUUGUGAAUCUCAAAACUUAUAAUACUGUUUUUAUAAUUAUAAUAUGUUGCUGAACUUAAUGUUCGAAGUGUUUCUUUAUCCAUUUUCAUAUACAGUGGAUUCCAGUUAAUUGGGACACAUGGAGACCAGUACAUUUUGGCCCAACUAAAUGGCUGUCCCAAUUAGCCGAAAUUUUAUGGAUAUAGCUUAAUGACAAGCUACCGUUUAACUGAGUAACAAUUAAUGUAUUUAAAUGAAAUACAGAAUAAAUUAGAACACUACCUAAUCUAGUGCAAUUCUAUAAAACUCUGUAUUAAUUCCUAAUAAUUAUCAGCAAUAAUCAGACUGCUUUCAAACAAUGCUGUAGACAAUCGCAUCUUCCAAAUCUUGAUUUUCACUGCCACAUUAAAGAUAAUUGUCGACAUCUUCAAACGCUUUGUAGUUCCUGACUUUUUGAAGUAGUGAACUGGUUUCAUUUUCACUCCAGGCCUUUUCUGGCAUCUCUAAGCCUGAAUACUUGGAAUGCAGUGAGAAAGGCAGUACUGAGUUGUCUUACUGCUUAUUACUUGCCAACUAGCUGAAACAAAACUCAUACUUUUUGGACAUAAGCACACUGGAUUUUUCAAAAGUCUUUGCACUAAGCAUAGUGUAGAGUCUAACAACCACACGACAUGCACAUGACUGACGCUAGUUAGAAGCUGUUCAGCAACAGUCUCCUGUACCAAUUAAGUGGCAUAGUGUCCCAAAUAAACAAAGGGAAUCUUUCUUGAUUUUGUUUUUUAAGAGUUGUCCCAAAUAAGCAGCAGUCCCAAUUAAACAAUGGGCCAAUUAAUUGGACUCCACUGUAUUUAGUUAUCUUCAGAAUGACAUGAUUACAUUCCAUUACUUUUCCAUCAGAGAUGGCACCAUUUGGUUUUUAAUGCUUUGCAGUUGGAAGAGAUCUGUUUUUAAAUUUUUAUUUUCAAUGAACAUGGUACUUCAUGAAAAGUCAUUCUGUGCUCAAAGUGACAUGUCCCAGGGAUUUCAUUUAUUGUGCAAUUCUGGAAUUUACUCUCUGAAUAUAUAUGCAUAUCUUCCAGUUUAUAUUUUAUUUAUUGUAAUUAAGAGUCCAGAAAAUUCACUGAAUGUAUUGUUUAUCAUAUUAACUUGAGUUUUUAAUAUAGUGGAGGUUGUGCAUUUUCCCUGUUAAUGAAAAUAUUUCCAUAUUAAGAUGACGUUGAAAUGACAUGUUUAAGUCUUAAUUACCCCAAGGAACAGUUUGCAUGGCAUUCCAAGAUCAACUUUUGUUUUCGGUUCCAGUUUUUUAAAUUCCCUAAAAGAACUUCAGCAUGCAGUUAAACUAAAUAUCAGCAAUAGAAUAUUUUGUUGAAUUUUUGCCAAAGUUUUUUUUUAAUUUCAACAAAUUUAAGUCACUAUGGCGGUAAUAGGCUGAUUUAUAGUGGUAAUCUUUUCUAGAUUUGGGCUUUGUAAACUGGAGUAUUUUCAUGAAACAUAUGGUGCCCAAAUAUGGAUAUUAGGUAUAAUAAGUAGGUGUUGUAUAAAUACUUAAAGUAACAGUGAGAUGGUUUACUCACUACAAUAUAUUGUACAGGUUUAGUAGAAUUUGUUGCAUAGUUUUUAAUAUGAAAUGUACAUUCCAAAUAUAACUUGGAUUGCAUUAAUGUACUAAAUACUGCUUUUAACUUUGUAUUGUAUUAGAUGGAAUCAUUCACAGGUUCAUAUGAAAGUCGUCAUUCCUAUGUAUAACUAAACUGUAACUAUCAAAUAGAUAAUAUAUUUAAUAACUGCUAAUAAAAUGUAAAUUAAUUCCAUAAAAUGUAAGAAGUUUGUACAUGUAUAUUUAAUUUCAGGCACAGGCAAAUGUUUAGCUAUAGGUGUUGAUAUUCUCUUGCAAAAGUACACUUGAAAGCAAAUUGGGCUUUCAAUAAGAGUAGAUCUAUUUAUUUUUUUAUAAUACGUCAAAGCCCUUUUAAGAAAUUGUUCUUAAAUAUGGUUUAGAAUGAACCUGAUCUAAUUUACUUAAUGAAAUGAAAAAUAAUUAUAUAUAGUAUAUUCAAAAAUAUCUUUGAUAUAAUUAGUUAUAUGAAAAAUUCAUGUUUUGCAUACAGUGUUUAUCUGUAAUGUGUAGGAUAGUUUACAGAACUUACAAGCAGGAAACCACAGAUAUUUAUAAACUGCGGUACUUAAAUAAUUUGGCUCUUUGGAAGGAAGUUGUCUACUCUUUGGGUUAGGAUAAAUAACUACAAUGAAUCUUAAUUCAUGCAUCUGGCAAAAAUCUAAGUUCUUAUAUAUUUUUCAAAGGAAAAUGAAACAAAUGGAAUAUUGGAGCAGAGUUUAUAAUUUCCUGUUGGGAUUUUAAAUCUCUAAAUGGAAAUCGAAGUCUUGGAAAUUAUUUGUUUUCAGAUGAGAUUAAGUUGUUUUGUUUCAAAUUGCUGAACAUGUAUUAGAAUUUUAUAUGCUUUGUUUCUAAGUAAAAUGCAAUGAAUAAAGCUAUGCUGAGCACCCCUAUUCAG